AUGAACGAGAACGACGAGAACGCCCCGGCGACGCGUAUGACGCGAGCCAAGGCCUCCAUUGCGGUCGGUCCAACUGAUGCAGCCAAGAAGCCCGCUCUUCAGACCAAGCGAGCUACCGGUACCAAUGGAACUCAACGCCGUGCCGCCCUGGAAGAUGUGAGCAACAAUGGCAACAAGGCCGGCGCUGUUGCGGCCAAGGAUGGAAAGAAGAAGCCUCUUGUCGCUCCCAAGACUUCAUCUACCGCGAAGCCUGGCACCAACGGAGGUGUCCAAAAGUUGAACCGUACUAUUUCAAGCCGAGCCGGUGCGAAGAAACCGACCCCCGUCACCAGCAACAAGCGCCCCAAAGAUGUUGUCGCCAAGGAGGAGGUACAGCCCGAGGAGCCCCCCCGCAAGAAGAAGCUGGGUCCUGUGAAGGAGGAAGUCAAGGACGAGCCUAUCGAGAAGGGGAAGAUUGAGGUUCCUGCUGACCCUCAGGACAUUGUGCAAGAUUUGGACAGCGAAGAUCUGGAUGAUCCUUUGAUGGCUGCUGAAUAUGUGGUGGAGAUCUUCGAUUACUUGCAAGAGCUGGAGCUCCUGACUCUGCCCAAUCCCCAAUAUAUCGAGCACCAGCCGGAUCUGGAGUGGAAGAUGCGUGGUAUCCUUGUCGACUGGCUUAUCGAAGUCCACACUCGCUUCCGCCUGCUGCCUGAGACUCUUUUCCUCGCUGUCAACAUCAUCGACCGCUUCCUGUCUGCUGAGGUCGUUGCUUUAGAUCGCCUUCAGCUCGUUGGUGUCACCGCCAUGUUCAUUGCUUCCAAGUACGAGGAGGUUCUGUCUCCCCACGUCGCCAACUUCAGCCAUGUCGCCGAUGAGACCUUCUCUGACAAGGAGAUCCUUGAUGCCGAGCGUCACGUCCUCGCCACCCUCCAGUACAACAUGAGCUACCCUAAUCCCAUGAACUUUCUCCGUCGUAUCUCCAAGGCAGAUAACUACGACAUCCAGACUCGCACUCUUGGCAAGUAUCUGAUGGAAAUCACUACCCCCCAGAGUCAAAUCGCCGCCGCGGCGAUGUACCUUGCCCGUCUGAUUCUCGAUCGUGGCGCCUGGGAUGCCACCAUUGCCCACUACGCUGGAUACACCGAGAAGGAAAUCGACCCUGUCUUCCGCUUGAUGGUCGACUACCUUCACCGGCCCGUUUCCCACGAGGCUUUCUUCAAGAAGUAUGCCAGCAAGAAGUUCCUCAAGGCAUCUAUCCUGACGCGUCAAUGGGCAAAGAAGUACCACCACCUGUACAUCGACAGCUCACUCUCGGAACCGUACACUUACAUCAAGGACAGCGAACAGUAA